UUUGUGCAAGAGGCCUUCAUUUCCCUUCCCCUGUACAAGCGAACCUCUGUCUCUGCCUACCUACAUACGGAUGGUCUGUAAAUGGAGUAUAGGAACUAUUACAACUCGAGACUGGAUUUUUUUUUGAAGGAACGGAAUUUUAUGAACUGAGUCGCCAUUACAAGUCGGCACAAUGCCGGAUAAGGACGCUGAUUUACCUAGCGAUAUAUGGACAGUAUAGGGCUUUUUCAGAAUAGCCGAUCGAAGCAGUUUCUUUCCUCGAGUUUGCCAGUGGGUGGAUGAUGGAUGGCCGAGAUUUCGGGCCCCCCAGAUCCGUGCAUGUUCCCCCGCCACUGCUCUCAGGACUCGCCAUGGAGUCGCACCGACUCGGAGCUUCCGCCGCGCCCGGGAGGAUCCCAUCGUCUCCCGGCCACCUCGGCGCGGGCCACCCGGCGACUUUACACUCGGGAAAAUUCCUCUCUCCGGCCAUAAGCAUGCAGUCUCACCACAGUGAUGCUUUCCCUGGUGCCUCUAGCUUCCUUGGCGGCUACAUAAAUCCAUCCAACUCACAUGUAGGGCCCAGCGCUUUGACUUCUGACCCUGCUUUCAGAGCCCCCAACUCAUCCGGCUUGCAAAUGGCUCAGCUCUGGACAUCAAACUCUCACGAAGUUUUUCCUCCCUUUCCCGGUGGUUUGUACCCCAGUCCCUACCUUCCCCUGGGUCAUCUGGAGCAUUCACAACUAGGCCAGCAUUCACUGUUUGACUGCCAGAAAGGUAUGCUUUCCGAGGGGUUUUACCUGCCUGACUCGGUACACUCCCAGUCUGCCAUAGCACGGAGCCUUGUGGCUCAUAUACCAGGCUCUCUCUCCAGGGAGAAGGAGGUCCUGCCUCCACACAAGAGCUCCAAAGACUUAGGCAGAGAGUUGGUGAAAGACAAGCCAUGCAAGAACGAACCAGGCCACUUUGUCCAUCGCAGGGAGCGAGUACGUGAGGAUCCACAUCCCCAAAGUGUGGUCGACCUCACCCAGGACACGAAGGCAGACGAAGAGCGGCGAUUCCUUCAGCAGCAUUCACCUGCAGCUGAUGUUAAACCCAGAUACCCAUCCCAGUCCUUGCUUAGCAAUUCCAGGAGCAGCAGUGGCACACAAGCCAGGCAUCCAAGUGCAGAGCAGGACAAAAGAGAACGAGAUGAGGAAAAUGGGCGCCACGCAGCCUCCUUCUCUGCAGAGAAGCCAAAACGAUGCGACUCGGUGGCACUUGGCACUUUACAUGUUUCUUAUGCCAGCCCCUCCUCCCUUCAGAGCAGCUCAGCACCCCUUCCUCCCAGGCUGGUGUCUUCUGCCACUUACCCUCCCCCUCACCACAUGCCACCCAGCUUGUACCCACUUUACUCUUCCCCCAAAGAGCCAUCCAAGGAACACAGAGUGACCGCUCCCACUUAUGUGCCUUCUGUUGAGGUCUAUGAUGAGCGGAAAGGGCCCAUACAGAUUGCUUCACAAGCUAGAGAUAACAAUAAAACAGAAAAGAACAGGGACAUGCACAGAGCACCCCUGCAGGUGGGGGGUGAGAAGACACCUGCAUCCUCGGUCAGGAGUGAAUCACCGGGUUAUAUUGAUAGUAAGAGAGACAUUUUGCGGGAAGAAGGCUCUGUAAUCAGGACCAACAGUAUGGCUGUAAAAAGGCAGCUUUCUUCGGAUGUGGCUGCAAUCAAAUCCAGCCACAGCCCGAAUCACAGAGAAUUACCCAGCAGCAAACACACAAUCAAAAUGGGUCUGGAACAAGAGACCUGGUGUUUAGAGCGUGAAAAUUCUCAAAGAUCUGGUUCUUCAUCUUCUAGUCUGGAAUCCAGUGCACUACACUCGGCUGAGACCAAAUGGAAGCCCUUCGAGAUCAGCAACUACGCUACUAGCCACAUGGCUGCUUUGGCAGCUCAGCAUGCCCAAGGUCCAAGAGGAGAAGAGGAGAGUAAGCGUAUGUACUUGGAUCGCAGGGGCAGCCCAGGAAGCCUUCGUGAUAGAGAACACAAUGAGGUGUCCGCAAUGCAGAACCUUAUCAAAUACAGUGGCAACUUUUCUGGUGAUAUGAUGUCUAAGCAUGGCGCCGACAGCCGCACUCCAUUUGGGGGACUGGGCAGCUUAAAGCUGGAGGCUGCUCAUCAUGCAGGCUCCAAAGCUCAGCACCUGCUGGGCAAGCAGCUGAAGAGGGAGCCGGAAAGGCCCGAGAGUGCCAAGUCUUUCAGCCGGGAUGGAAGCUCCUCUCAAGGGGAGGGUGAGGUUCGACACCCCCCAGUGGGCAUUGCCGUGGCUGUAGCACGUCGAAGAGAUAACAACAACAAGCUCAGCUCUGUAUCAGAAAGAGACAGGCCAAUUCUGGGAGGAGGCAUCAAAGGCCCAGGCCAAGAGGAUGAGGAACAAGACGAGCGGGCACGGCACCAUGAUUGCAGACUCCUAGCUGGCCGUUUGGAUCAGGAGAAAGUUUUAAGGGAGAGUAAAGACUUGGCAGAUUACACUCAGAUGCAUCAUCCCAUGGUAUCUGUAAAUGGACUCAACCCAAACCUGAUGGUGACUGGAGGUUCUGCACUGACUGGAGCAGGCCGCUGGCCUGCUGACCAUACCUCCCAUCUUGCCUCCCAUCCCUGGCUGCCUCGCUCUGGAGCCCCAUCCAUGUGGAUGCCUGGUUCUCCAUAUGGGCUGGGGGCCCACUCUCUCCACCAGACGCUGCCUCCUGGUUACCCUCCUACCUUACCCGGCUCCAUCCCUCCUUCCUACCAGUUUGCUCGAGACCCACAGACUGGACAGCUGAUCAUCAUUCCCACCGAACAUCUUCCACACUACACGGCAGAGAUGUUGGAGCACGGCCCCCAGCUGUGGCCGACUGUGUACCCACCAGCAGGCACCUCUUUGCAGCACGCCCACCAGCUGCAGCUCCUCUCGCACCAGCAGCUCGUACACCAACAGGAGCUCUACAUGAUUCAGCAGCAGGCUGCCCAGGUCAUGGAGCUGCAGAGAAAUGCGCAGCUUGUGGAAAGACUAAAAGAACAUAGGGCAGACCUGGAGGACAAGGCAGAAAAGCGAGGUAGCGAGGGCACCAAGUCCAGCCUUUCAGGUGUGCCUGUUCCUGUUCCUGUUAUGCACUCACGCAAGCCCCCUGCACCCUCCCCGACCCCGUCCACCUCCUACAGGAAGGCGGUGACGCCAGUGCCUGUGACACCGCUGCCUUCUUCUGUCACUGCUCUUAAGACUGAGGAGAGACCCAAAAUGGAGAGCACACUGCGUCAGCAGUCCUAUUCCCAUUCAUCUACCCCAGUCCCACAGCAACUCAGCCCUGUAUCCGCCUCACCUCUGCCCUCACCUGUUCGUCCCAAACAGGAGUCUGUGGAGGUGUCUGACAAAGAGGAGCUUGACCUGAGGAAACCAGCUCAUUGUCCAUCAAUGUACCCUGAAAUGCCUCCUGGCUACGCGUACCAAUCUAUAACCACAGCAUUCAGCAGUCAUUACCCGUUCCUUCUUCAGCCAGCCGCUGCCACUGAUGCAGAAGGACUGGCUCCAGCUGUGCCACUGCCCCCUGUCGAGAACUCAGACCAUCUGGCCAGACCGGGCGACGUCAAGCCCAGCCACAACUGCUCCCCGGUUUCAGGAGAGGCUAUGCAGACUUCCAGGCAGCCCAAGCACAUGAACAAGAGGAUUAUUCCAUUCAAAGAGGAGCCUGGCCUGGUGGACAGCGGAGAAGCUUUAAACCAAGACAGUCUUGGAGAGUCCCUCCAUUCUUCUGGUCCUGUUUGCAGCCAAGAAUCAAACAGUCCUGCUGAUGCAGAGCUUCGCAUCAGAGCUACAGCCUCACCACUACCAGAGGUGAAUGAAGAUCAGGAUAAAAAAGCAGACCUUGCCUCCUCCAGCCAGUUAGAGUUGUAUCAAGUAUUACGACUGGAAUCUGACAGGAACCCUGCAGUGGAAGCUGCAAAUCGUUCCCAUAGUCUUUUAGAGUCAGCCUACACACCUGUCUUAGAUUACACAGAUGUACAACCCAUAGACUGCAGCAUUCGUUCCUUAGACUUACCCUCAGCUUCCACAGAGAGACUUAUCCCAGCAUGUGAGGUUAAAGUAUCCAUUGUUGACACUCAAGAAUCAAUGUGUGACCAGGCUGUCACUUGCAGUGCUUCUCCUGUACUCCAUCCUGUUCCUGUGCCAGCUACCAUCCUGUCCGAAGACCCCAUGGCAGGCAUGCUUGCCUUAGUAAAAGCUAGUGAGAUGCCUCAGGCUGGAGCCAGUCGCACUGUGGAGAUCAGCCUUUUGGAGUCCAGCGCAGCUGAGGGUAUGGCCCUGCUCAGCCAGAUGGCUGAGCUGGAGAUGCAGAGCCAUCAGAAAGACUACACACUGGGCAUGCAUUGUGGAUUAGAGAGUCUCCUUGAGGCUGGCAGGCAGGUUCUUUUGGAGGCCAUCGAAUGCCAAUCUCCAGUCCAUAUUUGCCUCCCCAGAGAGCUCAACCCCAACAAGAAAUACAGCUGGAGACAGAAGAAAGAUGAACCUAUGUUCUCUAAAUCCUCUCUGGAGGGUAUGGAUGCCAUGGAGGUGGACUACAGAGUGAGACUGGCUGAGCUGCAGCGGCAGUACAAAGACAAGCAGAGAGAGAUAAUUAAACUACAGAGACGGAGAGAUAAAGUAGAGAAACAGCUGCAGCUCCAGCUACAGCAUGAGGAAAGGAGCAAGAACCUGGGCAGGCGAGGACCUGGUCGGCCUCGAAAGCGCAAACAUAGUUUACCUACUCUGUCCCCAUCUUCAGGCAAGCUGGAUUCCAAAACUGCAAAGCUGGCCAGAUGCUUUCAGUAUUCUGAGGACUCGGAGAGUGGGGAAGUGAAAAAACGGUUCUGCAGUUUUAGCCGGGAAGAGGAAGAGGAAGGGGAUGAGGACGUGGACGUUGGUAUGCUAAAAGCGAAGAAGAGAUGCAAAAGCUGGAGCGAGCACGAGGCUUCAUCCAGUAACUCCCACGAGGUUUCUAAAGCAGGAAAUAAAAAGGGUCAAGUAAGUGAUCAAGAGCAGUUGGCUUCUAAGCUUUACAAGGCCUUGUCUCUGAAUAAGAUGUGUAAACCAAACAAGUCCUCAUGUAAGUUUGCGGAUGGAUCUUCAGGAAAGUCUAAAGCUCCAUCUGGGAAAGGUUUACCCUCGGACACAGACUUGAGAAACAAGAUGACGAAAUCCAGCCUCUCCAAAGAGCUUAGUUUCUUUCAUAAGUCCUCUAAAGGAGGUAAAAGUAAAAUGGCCAGCAAAUGGAAGCCCUCAGACUCAUGCCUUAAGGGAAAAGGCCAGUGGAAAGCUCCUAACUCCCCAGUGAGGUCAGAGAUCAGCAGCUCCUACAACAACUCUGAUUCAGAAGAGGAGGACUCAGUGAAGGAUGUCUGGUCUCAGUCGAUGUUGGGCAGAUCAGGGCCUUGUAUGCAGAUUUCAGGCCAAUACGGCAAUUCAUCCAAGAAGAAACGCUCGUCAUCUAAGAGAACCUCUCCAUCAUCUUCCUACUCUUCGUCCAAACAGGCAGUGAAAGAAAGGAAACAGAAGCACUUUGCUUUAUUGCUACAAGAGGCAGGAGUCAGCUCCUCCGAGGACUCAUUUGACCAAGAGUCAUUUUCUGAGAGAGAUAAUUAUGAAGACGACAAUGACGAAGAAUACGUACAUGGAUUGGAUGAGCGUGAUGGCUUCUGCUCUUCCUCCCUGGAGGAAAGUGGGCUGGGUCUGUUGGCUCGCUUUGCUGCUAGUGCCAUCCCUAGCCCUGUUGUCUCCAGCCCUCUAUCCAUUGUUCAACUGGAGGCCAAGCAGAAAGCCAGGAAGAAAGAGGAGAGGCAGAGCUUGCUGGGCACAGAACUUGAAUUCACCGACUCCGAGAGUGACAUUAAGAUCAGGAAGUUCCCGUCUCUGCUGCAUGGUAAGAGAUCUGCUCCUGAACUGCCUCUACUGCCUCCGGCCAGCGUGCUGCGGGAAGACUCCAGUCCUGGCAAGCGUGGCCGCAAGCCCAAGCUCUCGACCGAGCUGAGCUUGGACUUUGCUGCAGAUGGCAGUGAUGAGGAGCCUUCCAUCUGUCGCAGGAGUGAACGCAUCUUUCUCCAUGAUGCUGCCCAGCCUAAACCAGCCUCCCCUACCAAACCGCAGAUGCACAAACCAGCUCGUUCUCCUAAAACUCCUGUACAAGCUUCCAAAGAGCUUUUGAAAACUAAGGAGGCAAAAGUACUGGGAAAGAAGAAGAGGUUAAAGGAGAUCCCUCUGCAUCUUCCUCCACUAACAAGCACCCCCUUAGCAAACAGCACCAUAGUCCCUAUCAACUCAGGACCCAAGGUCAAGCCCAAAGCCAGAGAUCAGAUCAGAGGAAAGGGUGGUGCUGUCAGUAAACUGAUGGAGAGCAUGGCUGCCGAUGAGGACUUUGAGCCCAACCAGGACAGCAGCUUCUCAGAGGAUGAGAACCCACUUCAGAAUGUUCAGCCUGACAGACCCUGCACUCCUGCUCCUCAUAACUGUGUGCUUAAUAAGGAUGAGCUGCAGGACGGACUGCGUGUGCUCAUUCCCAUGGAUGACAAGCUACUCUAUGCUGGCCAUGUCAACACUGUCCAUUCACCCGACAUAUACAGCGUGGUGGUUGAAGGCGAGCGAGGGAACAGGCCUCACAUCUACUGCCUGGAGCAGCUGCUGCAGGAGGCGAUUAUUGAUGUUAAACCCCCCUCUGUGAGAUACCUGCCUCAAGGGACAAGAAUCGCAGCCUAUUGGAGCCAGCAAUACCGCUGUCUCUACCCUGGGACCGUGGUUAGAGGAAGCCCUGACACGGACGAGCUAGAUGACUUGAUCACGGUGGAGUUUGAUGAUGGAGACACUGGCCGUAUUCCGCUGUCACACAUCAGACUGCUUCCUCCUGACUACAAGAUUCAGUGUGCCGAGCCAUCACCUGCUCUUUUAGUGGCUAGCACUAAAAGGCGUGUCCGGAAGUGCAGUAAGGAUGUUUCCGAGAGCAAAGAAACAAGCGCCACAAAGACAGACAAUCCUGCUCCGAAGAGCAAAGGCAGGGGGAGAAAACCAAAACCUAAACCUGAUUCUGAAGUGGCUCCAAAGGAGCAUGAAAAAGCUGACCACUCAGCUCAUGUACAGGCCCAGGAAAGAUCCCUAUCCACCCAGCAAACUGGCCUUCUGUCAAACAAGAAGAGCCAGUCUGGCAACACAAGCAGCCCUUCCAUACCCGCAGACAGCCAGAAGAAAACCAGUAUAUCUAAGCACCCUGCCAAAGUACACUCGCAGCCCAAGUCUGCCUACUCAUCUGCACUUUAUGGAAAAGUUUUGUCUGUGGACCUCUAUAAUGACCCCUCUGCUUCAUUUAUAUCCAACAACGAUGGCACCAAGGCGAAGGCUGUAAAACGAGUGCGGAAGAGCGAAGACGAAGGAAAUGGGUUUGGGUUGAAGGCCCAGCGCAAGCAACCUCAAACAGAGAUCCUUAUCAAGUUGGACCAUGAGGGGGUGAUGUCCCCCAAGACCAAGAAGACCAAAGCUCUAAUGAUGAUGGAGGGCCAGAACCCUAUUAAGAGAGACAACAAAUCUGUAAUGGGUAUAAGCUACACAACCGUCACCUGUUCUACCCCUACUGACAAAACACUUAAGCCUAAGAUCAAGCCGGAACCUGAGGCCAUAAAUCCUGACAAUGUGUCAACCUACAGCAUCCGUAAGCUUGGCAGCAGCACAGACGGUCUGGUCAAAGUCAAGAGCUCAGGGGAGAAAGACGCUGAGUCUGGCAACUGCAGCAGCAGUAAUAGUAGCAGCUCAGAGUCCGAGGGCGAAGAGGACAGAAAGACCCCACAGGAAAAGAAAACCAAACAGGACAGCAGCUCUAGCUGCUCCCGUGCCUCCAGCCCCACUUCCUCCAGCUCUUCCUCCAGCAGCUCCUCUUCUACUGCCGAAUUUAAUUCUUCCUCCUCAUCCUCCUCCUCGACCACCAGCGAUGAAGACUCCUCCUGCUGCUCAGAUGAGGAGGCUUCUCCUGCUUCUCAGCCUCCAUCUCCCCAAGAGCAGUCACCACCGGAAAAUGACAAAGAUGCUGAAAAGGUGGAAGUAAAGUCUGAACCCUCACCCACCUCAACCAAUGUCCAAAAAAAACAAGCAUCUUCUAAACAGCAGCCAAAGCAACAAAAGCAGCAGAAGGAAAAGAAAAGCGUUGGCCGACCUAAGAAGAGAGAGGGUGUUCACAUGCCCACAACAAAAGAGCUGGCCAAGAGACAAAGACUUCCAUCUGUUGAGAACAGACCCAAAAUAUCUGCUUUUCUUCCCGCUAGGCAACUCUGGAAGUGGUUUGGGAAACCUACUCAGAGACGGGGAAUGAAGGGUAAAGCUAAGAAGCUCUUCUAUAAAGCCAUCAUGCGUGGGAAAGAAAUGAUCCGUAUUGGAGACACUGCCGUUUUCUUGUCGGCUGGACGACCUAAUCUUCCGUUUAUUGGUCACAUUCAGAGCAUGUGGGAAUCGUGGGGAAAUAACAUGGUGGUCCGGGUCAAAUGGUUUUACCAUCCUGAGGAAACCAACCCAGGAAAGAAGCUUCAUGACAAAAAGAACUGGGAUCAGAUGUCUGGAAGGAGUCUUCCCGAUCUCCUACAGAUCUCCAAUCAGAGAAAGGAUUUUAUGGAGCGGGCUCUGUACCAGUCCUCUCAUGUUGAUGAGAACGAUGUACAGACCAUCUCUCACAAGUGUUUGGUGGUUAGCCUGGAGCAAUAUGAACAAAUGAUUAAAACUAAGAAGUACCAGGACAGUGAGGAUCUUUACUAUCUGGCUGGCACUUAUGAACCCACUACUGGUAUGAUUUUUAACACUGAUGGUGUCCCUGUCAUUUGCUGAAAAGCAUCCUUUUUAUCUCUGAAUGUUUCAACCCAUCAGCCAGGAGCUGCAAUAUAAAUCAUCUCUGUGGAAGAUGACCAAGGGAUGGAUUUGACUUUGGAGCCCUACAUGGAAUGUCUAUGCUAGAGUAGGAUUAGAAAAAAGUCAUUAGUGAAGUUACACAGGACCUCUGGACAUCCUUACUGACUGGGAUUAUCAAGUUCCUGCUUCACUUAAAAAAAACAAAAAAACUUGUGUAUUCAUGUUGAUGGCAGCUGUUGAUCUGUCAGUAUUUUUACAGUACACGUGUCAUGAAACUUCUAAAAAAAAAUGCUACGUUUGUGUUGCACCUGUAACUAGAGCACCGUUCGUUCCAGCUCAAAAACAGCAACACAGUUCAGGAUUGAAGAGAGAGGGGGGUGUAGCUCUAUUUUGAGAAAGAGAUGUGAAUGUUGAAAUUGUCUUUGAAGUCAUAAUCUGUAUCGCUGAGCUCACCUGUGUCUCAGCAUCAUGGCAACUGAUGCAACACAACAUGAUGGAACUCGGUCUGCUGGGUAGGGUGCUCCUAAGAACUCAAUUCCUGGGCUCAGCUUGUAAUCAGAAUGUAAUUUAAACUGACAGGACAUGUCACACUUGCUAUUCCAAUACACUCGGAAAAGCAAUCUGUACCAGCACUCUGCUUUCCAGUGCCCUUCUGGUAAAACCAUCGAUGGGAUGUCACUAGGACGACAGCCGGUAAAUGAGCUCGGACAGCAUGGAGCUGCGGCCGCACUAACACUGGAAAUCUUCCCGCACUGCACACUGUUUACUCACAGGAAAGUGGGAGUUCCACAAAUCAACCCAGGUCAUCGAUUGGAAUAUUUUUAUGACUAUGCCUUUUAGCCAGCAUGGCAGGAAGAGGUUUUUUGUACGAGUUACGGGCUGGCAUGUUCUAAAGUGUUGUAAAGACAAGAUUUGUACAUACACUAUAUAUAAAUAUACAGUAUAUACCGAUGUUUUAUUUUCAUGUACUAUAGAUUUAUCUGCAAGUGAUUUUUAAUUGGUAAAAGAGGGAAAAAGAGCUUUUAUUAAACUGUGAAUACGAUCAAAAACUUAACUCAGAUUCCCACUACAUUGGUAAUGCAGUGUAAAUUUGCUUACAAUAUUAUACCAUUUUAGUACAAUGUGGUCUUUAGAACCUAACAGAAAGCACUUAAUUCGGCCACUCGGGUCUCUCCUUUUUCUUUUGACAAUCCCUAAUGCAGGUGAACUAGGUAUGUUUACUUGGGAGUAUGUAUUAAAUUUUGGCUGAUUCAGAAUGAUCACUAAUUUGUUUAUUGCUUGACUGACUUAGGGCUUUCUUUAGUCAUGUUUUCCUCUUCUGCUUUAAAAAGCAUUCCUGUAAUCCCUCUUUCCAAAAAGCAAUUACAUCUCAUGCAUGAAAGCACUUUGUUAGAAAUAAAACUAGCUGAGCAGCACAACAAAAGUGCUGGUGGCUUUUGCUGCAGCUUUUAUGUAUUUUUUCAUUCAGAUCUGUCCCUUACCUUAUCCCUGCACCCCGCUGCUACAGCAUAUGGCCUUGAUGUAAUAAGUCGCUCACUGAGAAAGUGAACAUUCAUAAAUUUUUUCUAUUUUUCUAACCAUGCGACUUUGACAGAGUAACGCACCUUUCUUUGGCCAAUUACCAACUCAGAAUUGUUCACAGUGGCAGUUCUGAAAGCUCAUUUUUACAGAGAGUAGGUACAUAUAUGUUGGAUGAUGCCUUAGAGCUUUUCCUUAAUAUUGUUGCAAUAAGUUUAAAUUUACUUAAAGAAUCCUUUUCUUUCCUUUUUUCUUUAGAAUCCUAUUUUGUUUUCAGACUGCCCCCUUUUUUAACUGUCCCUACAGCGAUACCUUAUUUGACAGUUUUUUUGCUGGGAGCCCUUCAUGAUGCUACCUUCUUUACAUUUAUCCUGGCUUGGUACCGACAUUGAGAGUGCACUGACAAGUGUGUAUUCAAUAGGCUGUUCCGAGCACCACACUUAAAGAUCUUGUUUGCAGGUCGCUAAUUAAAUAGGCCUGUUAUCCUAAGAAAUUCUAUGCAGCCUAUAGAGGGAUCUGCAGGGCUUUGUAACAUAAAAAUAAUAUCCAACUGUUUUGCCAAUCAUAGUCUUAUUAGUGUUACUCGUGUCCUAACUUUUGGUUUCUAAAACAAACAUUGUGAGGACGUCUGAGUCUGUACAUUUCUACAUUUCUCCAGGACAGCAUUUUUCUGAUAAUAGCAGUGUUCACUUUCUCAACCAACUGAAAAGCUUAGAAAUCAGUAAAACUGUCUUUUACCUUUGAUCCCAACAGGCUGUGCAAUAUUAACUCAAUCACACAGUUUGAAUGUUGCUGUUAGUAAACAGGUCUAGUCAGUCACCAGAGGCACCUGUAUACACCCAUACUGGACCAGGCUGUUUAUUAGUUCCUCCUCUGGAUCAAGACCAGUCAAAUGUAUUUGACUCUUGAUUUCCUAGCAACAAUUAAGUUUAUUAAUUCUUGUGUUUAUCUGGGUUUUGUUGUUUUGUGGUUCAAGAAUGAAUGUUGGCUGUGUAAAUAUUGGACAUGUUUUUAUGUCUGGCCUUGUUUUUUUAUUUUUUUUAAUGCCUGUUUUUUGUGCAUUUGUAACCAGGCUCCACUGUAUUAUAUGUGUUGUCCAAUAUGAGCCACUAAAUGCUGCAUACUGUUCCCGAUGCAUAUAAAAUUGUGAGAGUAAAUUGAGGUAAAUUGAUAGUGUAAUUAGAGGUCGAAGCUGGACUUUUCUUUUGUAAUUGUUACAUUUUUCGUUGUUAAUCAUCUUUUCAUUGCCUUAUUUCUUCUCCUGCCUUUCUUAAGUCUUCCCGUUCUCCCAAAAAAUAGAAGCUAUUGUUAAAUGUGCAUUUUUUAGUCCAGUCUUUGGUGUUAAGCAUUGCCAAAUUCUACCUUCUAUCCUGGUCUCACCCAUAUCUAAGAAUGUUUGACCAAAAUGUUGGUUUAGGAGUAUCUUCCAUUUUCUUGAUUUCAUUUUUUUAGUGGAAGGAUGGAAAGAACAAAAAGGAAAUGGACACUAGAAACUAGGCUUCGAAACACAAAAUUAUUUAGGCCUACUCAGUAUUUACGAAUCUAGAUUGUAGUACUUUGUUGACACUAUUAGAGAGAGAGAGAGAGAGAGAGAAGGCAAGGGACUAUAUAUAUAUAUAUAUAUAAUUUGUUGUGAUUUUCUUGUUUUAUAGAACAGUGCCCAAUCUCUCAGAGAGAUGAUACAUUGUUGAUAUUCAAUAGGUUAUUUCUUAACAGCUGAAUCAUGGUAUGUGCUGUUGAGGUAAACUGUAUAUUUUGUCUUUAUCAGGUUCUGACUGUUUUUAUGAAUCUUCUGAUUAUUUUGCUCAAGAAUAUUUGUAAUAGGCUUAAAGUUGAGUACAAUGGUGCCAAACGAUCUUUAAGUCAUCUUAAAUCAGAAACAAUAUUGAGCAAGCAAUCAUGGUCCAAACACUCUAAAAUCUACAUUUCUAUUUUGUGUAAGAUAGUUGUCUUAUCGAGUACGAUUUUAAGUGCCCCUUAAAACACGUUUACUUGGAGCUUGAGUCAAGCUGUAAAGCACUUUUUAGAUGAUUUCUGUCUGCAUGUUGUAGAAACAGAGUUUAUGCAUUUAGAUACAUUAUUAGAGCAAAGCAAUCAACAGAAUUCUAUUUUGCUUGCUGUGUCUUUAACACAGUGUGAGUUGUAUGCAGCUUAAGAGUUUGUCCUUUUGCCUCAUGCUUAGGUCACUAAAUAUCAAAGUGGCCUCUGCUGGUAAAAGUCAAUGUAGAUGAGCUAGUUCUGCUAAGUCUUCAGGGUCAGAUCCAGGCGUCUCUUUAGAAUGGGUUACCUGGCUCAUUAGUUUAAAAAAAAAUUCUGUCUAGAUGAGCUAUAUAUAUAUAUAUAUUAACAGGUCUUGUUUGCAUGAUUUUCUUUUGCAUUUUGUUUCUCUGUUCAUUUAUUUCCCCCUCUCGGAACAAUCAGCCUCCAUACUAAAUGUGCAAUACUGCUGAAUGUGGUUUUUUGAGGUAGCUGCUAGUAAGGGAUAAAAAUUAAGGGAGAUAAAGAGAGAAAAGAAGAAACAGAGAGUGGAUUGAAGGCUGGUCCUUCACUGGUCUUCGUCUGCUGGAAUGUCAGCAUUGAAAAUGUCCUGUUACAAAAAAGCUAUAGUUUUAAAAUGAUUUUUAAAGAUUUAAAAAGCAUCAAUGUUUUAUAAAUCACUUAUGAGAGGGGGGCAUACUUUGUAUACACAUUUAAUCCUGUAUAAAAAUAUAAAAGGAUACACUUUUGAAAACAUGUUGCUGUUUUCCUGUGUGUAAAGUAACAUAUUUUUUUUGUAUCUUAAUCAGUGUUUGCAAUUCUUUUAGAAAUAAGAAUUUUGUAGUCCCAUCAAUAAACUUCAUGAAACACA